CUCUUCGAUGCCAUCCCCGACGCCGUCGCCGCGAUGCGCGCCGGCGAGUUUGUCGUCGUGCUCGACGACGAGGACCGCGAGAACGAGGGCGACCUCAUCUGCGCCGCCGAGCUCUGCACGACGGAGAUGAUGGCGUGGUUCGUGCGGCACAGCAGCGGCUUCAUCUGCAUCUCGCUGCACCCGUCCAUCAUUGCUGCGCUCGAGAUCCCCAUGAUGGUGCCGCGCAACACGGAGAAGAACAAGACGGCGUACACCGUCACGGUCGACUACAUCGACGGCACGACGACGGGCAUCAGCGCGCACGACCGCGCGCUCACUGCGCGCAAGCUCGCCGACGCCCACGUGCCGGGGCGCGUGGCGCCGGGCGACUUUACGCGGCCCGGUCAUCUGAACCCGCUGCGCUAUACGGAGGGCGGCGUGCGGCGGCGAGGCGGGCACACGGAGGCGAGCGUCGACCUGGCAAUCGCGGCGGGCCUGUCGCCAGCGGCGCUGCUCUGCGAGCUCGUCGACCCCGCCGACCCCAAGGGCGGUAUUGCCGCGCGCGACGCCUGCGUGGCCUUUGCGCGCGAGCACAACCUGCGCAUCUGCACCAUCGAAGCGCUGCGCAAGUGGCGCGAGGAGCAGGAGGGCGCCUCGUUUGAGGGCAGCGAGAGCGCGCAGGGCGAGACGCUGGACCAGGAGCGCGGCGUGACGCUCGAGACGCAGGCUGUGGCGCCGCCAGCGAGCUCAUAGCGCGCUUGCGCGAGGAAUGAAAUCUCGUGCAGACCAAG